AUGUGUUGUCCAAAUCCCAGAAGACAAAAAAGAACAAGACGAAUGCCUGCUGCAGAGUGGCCUGCAUCCUCUUACACCGUAUGUUGGACUUGGCCUGUGCGCGACUGUCUAAGUUGUCUCCGGCCCCUUGCAAAGCUGGAGGGCAUCUUUCCUGACAUCGAGGAUACCAAAGAAGGAAAAAGGUGGAAUAACGCCAUUGGUCCAAGGCUGAAAAGGUAA